UAAGGAGGGGAACAACUCGUGCUCGCUGCAUCAUGAUAUUCCGAAUUUGAAUCCUUAUGCUCAAGGAAUACUGGAUCAAAUCAAUGAGUUUGCUGCCGAAAAUGAUGCUAUUCGGAAGAAAGUAAUUGAAUGGGGUGCUAUAAAUAAUGAUCUAACAUCAGAAAUUGAACCUAGCGAAACGCCAUCUGCGGAAGAUGAAAGCUCGGAAUGGAAUACGAGGCGCUGUGAACGUGAGAAUGAAAAAUUGGCAGCAUUCUUAGCACAAAAUAAAACUAUUCCUGAUGAUUCAAACGAGGAAGAAUUGGGAGGAAAACUUGCAUUGUUUGAUGCUGUAAAUGGUUCUGGAGAACGAUAUUCCAAUGAACAACUUGAUAAUACCGCACGAAGUAUGGGGGCUUCUGAAAUGUUGAACAUAACAUCAGCAGCUGAUCUUUUGAGCAAGUCUUUGGUACUGACAGAAGAUCUUGGUGAAGUUAAGAAAAAACUUUCGGUUUUGCAGUCUGUUUGCACACGUUUGUUCGAGAAAUUGCGUGGCACGGCUAAUUUUUUGCAGACUCUUCUUGAUGAACUGGGCGCAGGUGAUCGAGGCAGAGAAUUGCUGGCAGAGAUAGAAGCACUUCGCAUCGACCUUGACCACUCACUGGCAACGGCUGUUGAUAUCAGCCGUGAUGUUGAAGCCGCGGAAGAAAGUAUCGGAGAGUUGUCUGCUCAUCUUCAACGUUCGUUAUUAAAUUGUUCUUUUGGUAUAUCAUCGGUACCAUCCAAUGAAAAUCAACAGAAUGCAUCGGCUCUUUCACGAGCUCAUAGAGCCUACAGACAAUUAAACACGGACUUAGCAAACGAAAAGAUGAAAGCAGGUGAAGCUACGGAGCUCAAUGAAAAGUUGCAAGCACAUGUUGCUGACUUGGAAGAAUCAAAGCAGAAACUGACCGAUCAACUGAAUGAAUUGAAGAAAAACUUGGCAGAAAAAGAAAAUGAAAUGAUGUCGUCAAUGAAAGAUAUGGAAACACAGCUUCAGAACAGGAAUCAGCAGUAUGAUGAGCUAUAUGGAAAGGUGCAAGAACUUCAACAAAAAGUUAAGACAAAAGAAACUCUUGUCGCAGAGAGAGAAACCGAAAUGAAACAGCUGAGUGAUCAAAUGAAUGGGAAAUGUCACGAAUUGGAAAUUCAAGUUGCGGAAGUUACUCAGACUCUGAAAAUAAAGAAUGAAUCGAUCAAGAAACUUCUAAUGGACGUUCAAAAUUAUAACGACCAAUUGUUAUCAAGUAACAAUGAACUGGCUCAUUACAGAAAUGAGAUUAUUGGAUUAGAUAACAAAAUGUGUGAAUUGAUUAGUAAUGUAAAAGGAAGUUUGGGAAUUGUUGAGGAGCAGACUAACAAACCGAUUAUAGAAGCGGCAAAUGCGGAAAUAGCAACACUGGCCCAGCUUUCUCAAAUUGGAGCAGAUCUUGAGGAAUUCAGUAAAAUCAGCCAUUAUAUUGCUGAUUUAAGAAAUCAAGUGGUUAAGCUUCAACAGGAUUUAGAUUUAUGUGAAAGAAGUCGUAGUGCCAUUAGUCUAAAAUGUAAUGGAUUAUCCGAUCAGAAUGCUUAUCUUGAAGCAGAGCACAAUGAAACUAAGCAGAAGUUAUUAGCUCUUCAGAAUCAAGUGCAAAUGGAGAAACAAUCGGUUAAAAUGAUGGAAAGAGAUUUGCAACAUCUAAAAUCGGAGAAUAGUUGUGUCAAAGAAAAUAAUGAAAAAUUAACGAAUAUGUUGAUCAAUGUCGAAGCGAAGUAUGAAGAACUGACUUCGAAGCCAAAUCACAGUUCUCUUUCCGAGAAACAACAUUCUGAACGGUAUACAGUGACGAUUGGCACUAUGACUAUCGUGUCUUCGCAUGAUUUUGUUGAAUUAACGAAUAAGGCAAAAAAAAUAUCUUCAUUUGCAAAACGAAUGUAUGCACUUGCAGCGCAAUGGAAUGAUGAAGCUGCAGUUACUCGGGGGAUUUCAUAUAAAUCGGUCGAUCUAGAUGACUUGUACCAUACAUAUGCCCGAAUUUUAAAGGGCUUCUCAGAUGGAGUCAAUGAAAUGCGAGAAAAAAUAAUAACGGAAGAAACCAAGCUGCAGUUAUAUCUUUCCGCAAAUCAACAAAAUUUGCAGCAGACUAAAACUGAAAGUUCAAGAUCAAACAAUGAUGAAUUGGGUAACUCCUCUUUCAUAGGUCUAAGUGGAUCACAAAAUGAAUCAGCUGACCUUAGAACAAUAUUCAAUGCUGCCAAUCAAAUUGUUCAAAAGCUCAAGAUCAUUUCAAGUAGACCUCAUAAGGCAGAAGUGUUAGAAGUGCUGUCGAAUAUGAGGUCUUUACGAUUUCAAAUCGAUUCCCUGCGCAAGCAUUCGCAACACUUUGAGAAAAUUAAAGAAAAUGUUGUUCCGAUGGAAACGCUUCAAUUAGAAAAUGAGCGUUUGCAAUCAGUGCUUACCGAUGCAAAAGCUUUGUUGCAGAGUGCUCAUGAACGAUUGAUUAAACUGCCUAAUUCGAGGGAUAUGUGCGAACAGAUACUGCAUGAAAUGAACGAAAUUAGUAAAGCAAUGAAAGCAACAACGCACGAAGUACACCGUGUAGGAAGCCGCAACAAAAAGUCAUAA